CCCAGACAAACAAUCUCUUGCGACGAUAUUAGAACAUGCCUAAAUCAGGAAUGUAUUUGACAAGGCCCGAUUCAAAUACCAAACAGUUAUUGUCCCUUCAAUUUACCCUGUUCUAAACCACCGCAAGCCUGGAUACUGUCAUCUAUCUCUCCUCUCUCUGCCAAGAUAGGACCCCAGGUCAAACAGAUGGUAUUCUUCGCUCCCUGCAUCGUUCUGGGGACUCUCCGAUGCUAUUGCAGCAUAUUCCACAAUCCAGUCGCUUAUUACAGGAUGUACAUCCCUCGUGUGGUGCGUUAGAGUGGCUGUGGAGUCUGUCAGUUUGGGUGAGGGAUUUGCGGGAUUUUCUCUCUGGCAUGGUGAGCCAACAAGCCUCGAUAGCCGCCCCCCAGCCAACCCUUUUCAUUGUCAAAUUCCAGCACUUCGUCCCAAGAAUGACAGGGGCGCAGCAGUACUUUUGAAUAUCCCCAGUAUUGUAGGCAGUCAAAGCCCUCCUUGCUCGCCAAUGAGCUUACGGACAAGCUGACUGCCCGUUGACGAUCUGCCUCGUUGCAAGCUCGUCGGUCCAUCUUGAACCGUGCCAACCUCAUGUAGGAUGCUGAGUCUUCUUUCCCGGCCAUGAGGGAUUUUCUUUGUUCCAAUUUCACGAUCCACAUCCAGGCCUUGUCAAGUUGUCAGGCCAGAUGAUGGGAUUGGGAACGAGGUAGGCCUCGAUUUGGGUACGCUAAUUGCGGUGAUUGAGAACAAGGAGAAUUAUUUAUGGUGGCUGUCAAACAGGUAUAAGUCCUCGUGUCCUGAUUCUCAAUUUCGCUCCAGCUUAAGUCGAUCUAAAAGAACGCUGUGAGCUUGCUGUUGCGGCCUUCCAGCAAUUUUUCCUGCCGCAUCCGAACUUGACAUCGAUAUAACUGUUGGCCCAGCUCUACAAUCGCACUGUCCCAUUCCUCCCACUUGGCCAGAAAAAGACCCCAAAACCGGCAACAUGGUCGAGUUCAGCGAUGACCAGCAAAAGCCCGCGCGUAUUCAGUGGAGUGGAGGCGAUGUUGAAGCUGGCGAAGGAAGAUCGUAUCCUAGACUACAACGAUCCAACUCCAACAUGUCUAUCAGCAGUGCUCGUAGUAGAAGAGGCUCUAUUGAACCUGCCGCCAUACUCCCCAUCCAGUAUCGAACUGUGUCUUUCCAAAUCUCCGAAUCAAACCAGAAAGAUACCACAGACAUCAGGAAAGCGAAAGACUCUGCUGCCAAGGAACUUGGUGAUCUUGACUGGCACACGAUAACACCAGAGGACGUUUAUUCGCGACUUUCGGUAUCUCCAACCCAGGGGCUCUCCUCAGAACAGGCGAAACGACGUCUGACAGAAUAUGGAAAGAAUGUCCCCUCUCCUCCUCCAACACACUAUUUUCAAGCAAUAUUUGGAUAUUUCUUCAAAGGCUUUGGCUCAAUCCUUCUUGUUGGCUCUAUACUUGUCUUCGUCUCAUGGAAACCGCUCGGUGAUCCUCCAGCCCAAGCUAAUCUGGCACUGGCAAUUGUCCUCCUGGCUGUGUUCUUCAUUCAGGCGGCAUUCAACGCGUGGCAGGAUUGGUCUUCCUCUCGUGUUAUGGCAUCUAUCACCACCAUGCUACCAGAUAGUUGCUUGAUUUUACGAGAUGGCGCAAGGGUCACUGUUGUGGCAAAUGACAUCGUGCCUGGAGAUAUCAUAUGCAUUAAGGCCGGCAACAAGCUCCCUGCCGACGUCCGCUUUGUUGAAAUAUCUUCCGAUGCGAAAUUUGAUCGAUCCAUUCUCACCGGUGAAUCUGCACCAUUGCCUGGUACUGUCAUGACCACAGAUCUCAACUAUCUAGAGACAAGGUGUAUUGGCCUUCAAGGAACCCAUUGUAUAUCAGGAAGCGGUAUCGGUGUUGUGGUCUCAACAGGAGAUUCGACAGUUUUUGGCAAGAUUGCUAAACUCACGAAUGCACCAAAGACAGGGUUGACUCCUCUGGAACGCGAAGUCCUGAACUUCGUCAUCAUCAUCUGCUGUAUCAUGUUCGUCAUGAUACUCGUAGUUAUCAUAGUCUGGGCCGCGUACCUGCGCAAAUCCCAUCCUGGUUGGAUCUCGGUACCGCUCUUAAUCGUUGACUGCGUCUCAGUCGCGAUUGCAUUUAUUCCUGAAGGCUUGCCAAUUGCAUUGACAGCCUCGCUCACAAUCACCGCGAACGUUAUGAAAGCAAACGGCAUUCUAUGCAAGUCCCUGAAGACUGUUGAAACCCUUGGCUCUGUCAGUGUUAUUUGUUCCGACAAGACCGGUACUCUGACCAAGAACAAAAUGUUCGUCACAGAGUGCAGUGUUGGCAUGCACCAUAUGACGCCAGAAUCUGCUCGCGAUCAGAACACGGAAGGAUCACAGACAAAUGCCGUUGCACAACUUCGUUCCGUUGCAGGACUCUGUAACUCUGGAGAAUUCGAUGCCGCCACGUUCAAUCUGCCUAUUCUUGAGCGCAAGAUCAACGGUGAUGCCACUGACCAAGCCGUCUUGAGACUCUCGGAAACCCUUGGAUCAGUCUCUGAGCUCCGCCAGAUGUGGAAGAAGACAUUCGAGUUAGCAUUUAACAGCAAGAACAAGUAUAUGGUCAGAACAUUUCAGCUCGAGCAGAAAGAAGGACUUUCUCUUGCUUUAUCUGGUUCGGAAGCUGCCAGUUUUCGAGAUGAUGAUACUCUUCUCUUGAUCAAGGGUGCCCCAGACGUCCUAAUCGGCCGCUGCACCAAGUAUAUCACCAUGGAAGGAGAAACUAAAGUUCUCGAUGACACAACACGGAACACAAUUGAAGAGAUAAAGAACACGUGGUCGGCCGAGGGCAAGCGUGUUAUUCUCCUGGCACGCAAGACAGUCUCCAAAGAACAAUUCCAAUCUCUUCCUUCUUCGAGCCACUUCGAAGACGAGGUAGCAGAACACGCCAGGACGGGACUUGCCUUGGUCGGUAUUGUUGGCAUUGUCGACCCUCCUCGCGACGAAAUCCCUUCCGUCAUCAAGACAUUGAGGAGAGCCGGUAUUCGAAUCUUCAUGGUCACCGGAGAUUUCGCACUCACAGCCCAAGCAAUCGCUGCAGAAUGUGGCAUUGUCACGAAUCCUCCUCACCAAGUCAAGAAUGUAUCUGCACUUGCUAGAGAUGAUAGCUACUCCGUUUCUGGAGAAUCGAUUCCCGAAGACAAGGUCAUCAUGCACGUGCCGUCAAACUCUGAAGCAAAGUCAACAAUCGUCAUCAGUGGUCCCGAAUUGAUCACUCUGAAUGAACAUCAAUGGGAUCAGUUGUGCAAGUAUGAUGAGAUUGUAUUUGCUCGUACAACGCCUGAACAGAAACUUCGCAUUGUCCGAGAAUUUCAAUCUAGAGACGAAAUCGUUGCCAUGACUGGUGACGGCGUCAACGAUGCCCCAUCCCUCAAAGCAGCAGACAUAGGCAUAGCUCUUGGCAGUGGAUCCGACAUCGCCAUCGAAGCCGCAGACAUGGUCCUCCUAGAAUCAUUCUCCGCUAUCGUCGAAGCUGUGCAAUACGGGCGAGUAGUGUUUGACAACCUCAAGAAAACAAUCGCCUACCUCCUACCCGCCGGCUCCUUCUCCGAAUUCUGGCCCGUCAUGACCAACGUCCUCUUCGGCAUCCCCCAGAUCCUAUCCUCCUUCCUCAUGAUCAUCAUCUGCUGUUUCACCGACUGCGCCGCAGCAACUGUCCUCGCCUAUGAGAAACCAGAAGCUGACGUCCUCCUUCGUAAACCUCGCAAGCCGAGGACGGAUCGUCUAGUAGACUGGCAGUUGAUCGUCCAAGCUUACGGCUUCAUCGGUAUCAUCGAAACCACCUGCUCGUUUGCCAUGUCCUACUGGUUCCUCGAGCGCAAAGGCAUCCCUUUUUCAAACCUUUGGUUCAAGUAUGGGAGUCUGCCGGAUACCAUUGAUCCCGACUAUGCCGCGCAACAAUAUAAUGUUGCGUCCAGCAUCUACUUCAUCAAUCUCGUCGUCAUGCAAUGGUUCGCCCUCCUCGCACUCCGUACUCGUCAUCUUAGCAUUUUCCAGCAUCCACCACUGUUCAACAAAAUGACACAGAAUUGGUAUUUGUUUCCUGCGAUGGCAUUUGCGCUCGUUAUGGCGUUCUUUUGGCUGUAUGUUCCCAAGUUCCAGAGUGUGCUUGGGACGACGGAGGUCCCAGUUGAGCAUUUCUUCUUGCCGGCUGCUUUUGGUGUGGGGAUUUUGUUUUUGGAUGAGGCGAGGAAGUGGUGUGUUAGGAGAUGGCCGGGUGGGAUACUGGCGAAGUGUGCUUGGUGAUGUUUAUUCUAGGAGGAUGGAUGAAGUGGUGGUGGAGUGGAGAUGGUUGAAUGGUACUUCAGAUUUGAUUCUUCCAUUAUGGGAAAACAUUUGCCUCGUGUACCACACUCAAUUCAUUUAGCUUCGUUUGUAAUAGGAUCAAGCAGUGUGCAGAUGCGAUGAACUGGCUUGUACAAAAAGGGACUGCACCCCUAUCUAUAUUCUUAAUGCUGUCAGGGCAGCUUCAGCAAGCAACCAUAACAGGAGAGAAAAAUCUGAUCCCGGCCGCCAUUUCUUCCCAGACCUUCCAUCAACUUAACAAAGUUCAACAAAACCCAAAAAAUUCCAAGCAAGUAAUUCCCUAACCCCCCAAUUGGUAGUUGGCCUGCGAUCCGCUUGAACCCAAGUUCGGCCGAUACGUUAGGACAUGAAAUAAGACUUAACUCAGCUCAUCGUUGAAUCAUCAAAACAAAAUGAGACGAAGAUCUGAAGUCUAGAUUCCUCCCAGCAAACCGGUUCCGAGGUUGAAUAUUGUGGUCGGCGACCACAGUUUCAGCUAGUCUUACUCCCGUUAAGCGAAGUCGCCGGACACAUCAUCAUCAUCAUCAAUAGGAUCCGCGCCUGACAACAAUGCCAUGCGGCGAAGCAAUACCAUCCUCUGCAUCUCGGAACAUUUUCAUCCUGGCAAGUCAUCAAGAUAAUGCACUGUAUCGCAUUAAUAGCUGUCCUGGCGCGGGCCGUACGGGUACAACACUGUACUCAAGUCACAUCUCGUCCUGUGCAGCCCGAGUCCCGAGCUAUGACUUCUCCUCCCCGAAGAUGGAGUAACAUAAGCUGGCGGUCCGAGUGUGACAAAGAAAUGUAAAAUUAAGUCGAGUAGGUACCGAAAGAGCUUCUUUGUUCCAACUUUGUUCCAAAGCCGGCCUUUGACGUGUUUGCUCCUGGCUGCUGGGUGAGAUAUGUGGAAAUGCGGCGAGGAGCUGG